AUGGCCCUGCGCUUCCUGGACUCGGGGGAUGAGGUGCCUGCAGGAAAGGUUCAGCGUUUCGAGGCAAUGCUGUGGAAGGUGGUGCUGAGGAUCCACGGACCGCAAGAAACACAUGGGGCGGCGCGAACACUUACUAGCAUCCUGGGGUCCUUCGAAGUUGAUGAUGUGAGAAAUACAGAGCUCGAUGUUGAGCACGCCUGCGCCCUGAGUACGGAGGAUCAACCUGGCAAGCCCCAACGAUUCACCGUCUGUGGGGAAGAAUCGUACGGUGGCGAGAUGGUCUGGAUGGAGCCCUCCAUACAAGAGGUUGCGCAUAACGAAGGCGUCCACGCCGAUGAUCUCGAGGCUGCGCGCGAUGGGUCGCGUCUCGGCUGGAUGCAUGUUAGCCCAUAUGUUCAAGAUACGGAUAGCCGCGGCGAGGUGUGGGGAAGCUUUGAGGAACGCAAGGAACUGGUCAAGAGGCUUUGUGACACACAGCCUCACGUACUGGAAAAGAAGGGGCUGGACGAAGGAUCUCCAGGAUUUGCAUACGAGAGAACAAGACGCGAGGGUGUGCUCUUCCAGAGCCGUUCUGAGGUUUUCGAUGAUGAGAUGUAUGAUCUCGCGACGACCAUGUCCUCAGAAACCAUCUCGGUGGCCUCCCCCGCAGACUUCCAUGUCCACCUACGCCAGGGUCCUCUGGCAGAGGUUGUGACGAAACACCCCAACCUCAAGCCGCCCAUCACGAACGCGGAGCAGGCCUUGCUCUACCGGGCCCAGCUGCAGGCGAUUGAUCCUGCCGUCGAGUACCUGAUGACGCUCUAUCUGGGCCCUGAGCUCACGCCAGACGAGGUCCGCAGAGCCGCCCGCGCAGGCGUCGUCGGUGUCAAGUCAUACCCGCGCGGCGUCACGACGAACUCCGAGGGCGGGAUCGAAUCGUACGAGGCGUACUACCCCGUGUUCGCCGCGAUGGAGGACGAGGGCAUGGUGCUCAACCUGCACGGGGAGGUGCCCUCCUCGGCCGCGACGAACACCUGCGUCCUGAACGCGGAGCCCGCGUUCCUGCCCCACCUCCGGAAGCUGCACGCCCAGUUCCCGCGGCUGCGCAUCGUGCUCGAGCACGCCACCACGCGCGCGGCGGUCGAGUGCGUGAAGAGCCUCGGCGACACCGUCGCGUGCACGAUCACCGCGCACCACCUCGCGCUCACCGUCGACGACUGGGCCGGCCAGGCCUGGCACUUCUGCAAGCCGGUCGCGAAGUACCCCGACGACCGCGCCGCGCUCUGGGAAGUGGUCAAAGAAGGGCAUCCUCGUUUCUUCCUCGGCUCCGACUCUGCACCCCAUCCGGCAGAGACAAAGGCGACGGCGGCGCCGACGCAGCCGUGCGCAGCAGGGGUGUACACCUCUCCGAUCCUGCUGCCGUUGGUGGCUCACUUACUCGAGUCGUUCGGCGCGCUGGACAAGAUCGAGGGCUUCGUGAGCACACAUGGGCGCGCGUUCUAUGGGCGUCCUGCGGCGGAGACCGAUAAGCGCGUUGUCCUUCGACGUGCGUCCAACAAAGUUGUUGGGAUCGAGGGCUAUGGGACAGGCGCGACACAUGUAGUGCCGUUCUGGGCGGGAAAGGAGAUUGGGUGGGAGAUCGCAGAGGACGAAGCCGUGUGAAGGUAGAAGAGACGCGGAAAAGGGAAAGCAUAAGUUUGUUGUAUUAGUAUAUGGUCACCAUCUUACAGCUGCUUAGGAAACGAUAGGUCGUUUCUGAAAUCGCUUGCGUUGGGGGAUCUUGUUUGCCUGCGGACGCCCCUAAGGCCCUUGACGAAGAGUGUAUAUUAGAUUUUGAUGGUUGCACCUGACUCCAUAGGCAUUGCUUCGGAGACAGUAGUACCGUACUCUGGCCGUGCUAA